AUGCCAAUCACCAGCGAUAUCACCCUUGACGUCUCUAAGUUCCGCCCGGAGAACGCCACAGAGCCAACAAAGAAAGCCGCCGCACAUCUGGAAAUUGUUUUUAAGAGCUGGCCCCGAUGGUGGGAGGUAGGCAUCGAGAAAUAUCGUGAGAUGCGGGAGCUCGGUAAUUCGCCGCUGUCUAAGCCUGUCUAUCUCCCGGGGGCUCUCGAUGGCGUCCUUCCUUCACGCGACGCUGGCCGUGAGAUCCCCAUUCGCAUCUACAAGCCUGAUAACGGCCAGCCCAGUAAAGGCGUCUUCUUGCAUUUUCAUGGGGGCGGUAUGGUGCUGGGAACGCACAAAGACUCCGAUAGCAUCCUCCGGGAAUAUGCCAACAAGUGCCAACUAACGGCCAUCUCAGUGGGAUACCGUCUAGCCCCAGACCACCCCUACCCGGCAGCGCCGAACGACGCCAUCGAUGCCGCCGAGUACAUGGUAGACCACGCAGAGGAAGCAUACGGCGCCCCUCUCCGCUUUCUAGGCGGGGAAUCCGCCGGGGGCUAUCUCAGCGCCCUAUCAGGCCUACAACUAAUGCGGUCACGGCCGUCUCACUACCUGUCGGGACUUAUUCUGUCCUACGGCUCGUUUGAUCUAGCUUUCGGGCUUCCCAUGGUGACGGCUCUGGCUAAGCCUCUCUUUAUAGAUCCAGAAAUCAUGGAGCGCUUCAUGGGCGCGUAUGUGCCGGGCAUGAGUACCGCCGAGCGCAGGAAUCCUAGCGUGUCUCCGCUGUAUGAGAAUCUGCCGGCUCUGGUUGCGUCGUCUGCUAGAUCGUUGCCCCCCGCGCUCUUCCUCUGCGGGACGGAGGAUCCGUUGCUUGAUGAUACGAUCUUGAUGAGUGGCAAGUGGAGUAUUGCUGGUGGCGAGGCUAUAGUGAAGAUCUACCCUGGUGCCAUUCAUGGGUUUACUCUGCUCCCGGGUCUGCCUGUGGCAGAGGAGGCUACUGCGGUGAUUAUGGAGUUCAUGCAGGAGAAAUUGAGCGGCUCGGCGUGA